AUGUCUCACGAAGAAGGAAUCAGUGUCAAAGACACUCACCAGUCUGAUUCCACAGAUGACUACAAUGCAGGCCACUUUGGGCCUCUCGCCCACGUCAACACUGCCUCAAGUCGCUACCCAGCCUUCGGUGGUGAUCUCCAACCCGGUCUAUAUCGCGUGCCGAAGGAUCGCAAGCUCGCCAAUCCUGCGCCAUUGGGUCUCUGCGGUUUCGCGUUGACGACAUUCAUUCUGGGAUGUAUCAACAUGCAAGUUCGCGGUGUGACCGAGCCCAAUAUCAUUGUUGGACCUGCUCUAGCCUAUGGUGGAUUUGUCCAGAUUUGCGCCGGCAUGUGGGAAAUGGCCGUCGGAAACACAUUCGGUGCUACAGUGCUUUCUUCCUACGGUGGAUUCUGGAUCUCGCUAGCCAUCACAUUCAUCCCUGGCGGAUUCAACAUCAUGGGCUCUUUGGAGAAAGCUGAUGGCGGGGAACCGACAAUGUUUUACAAUUCGUUCGCCUUAUACCUCUUUGGCUGGUUCAUUUUCACUACCCUGAUCACCCUUCUCACCCUCAAAUCGACCGUGGCAUUCUUCUCCCUCUUCUUCUUCGUCGAUAUCGCUAUCUUGCUCCUUGCGCUCGGCUACCUGUUGCAGGAUGGAGGAAUGCCAAACCACAAGUUGCUCAAGGCUGGUGGACUGUUCGCGAUUCUGGGUGCUUUCUUAGCUUGGUAUAAUGCUUUCGCGGGUAUAGCUGAUAACAGCAACAGUUUCUUCCUGCCUCCGGUUGUGCACUUCCCUUGGUCUGAGAAGAAGCGCUCUUCCAGGAAGGCUGCUGCCGAGGGUGAGGUUUAA